AUGGCUGCACCUGCAGCGUCGCCUGCAGCAGAAGGCCUCUGUGACGGUUUUCCUGCUGCUGCUGCUGCUUCUGCUGCUCCUGCUGCAGCAGCAGCAGCAGCAGCAGCAGCAGCACGCAUACCGAAGCCGGGUCUUCUGGCCGGCCUGGCUUCAGCGCAGGAAGAGAAGCAACGGCUGCACCUGCAGCGUCGCCUGCAGCAGAAGGCCUCUGUGAAGGUUCUUCUCCUGUUGCUGCUGCUGCUGCUGCUCCUGCAGCAGCAGCAGCAGCAGCAGCAGCACGCAUACCGAAGCCGGGUCUUCUGGCCGGCCUGGCUUCAGCUUGCAUGCUGGAGCAGCAGCAGCAGCAGCAGCCCCAGCAGCAGCAACAACCACAACAGCAACAGCAACAGCAGCAGCAGCAGCAGCAGCAGCAGCAGCAGCAGCAGCAGCAGGUGGGGUUAG